AUGGAUACAAGCACUCCACAAUAUAUUAGCUUGUCAAAAUCAUUUUGUGAUUCAAUCAUAGAAGGCAUCGAACUUGGAAAUCAAUCACUGUCAACAGGUGUUAUUUGUAAUAAUGUUAUUUUCACACCAGUUACUUUGUCAAGUCGUCGGAGGAGAGAAACAAAUACAUUGGAUGGUGUAGAUCUGAAAACAAAACAAGGUGUCCAAGGAAUUGCAAAUGUGACAAUUCCAUCUCCUCAAGCAGUGGAACUGAGUGUGCAAUCAUUAACAAAUAUUAUCAGUUCCGGUAUCAGUCGAUCGAAAAAAUCGUCGGGAGUGAAGUUGCGCAAUCUAGAAACUAAAAAUCUUUCAACAGAAAUUCGUUUACGACCACGUACAUGUAAUUUGUGCAUACGAAUAUGCAUGUAUUCUUUGUUCAGUUUAAAAACACUAUGA